GAAACCGUCAUCACCCCGCCUCCAAUUACCGCCAAAAUCCGACCCUCGCCCCGGCUGAGGAGACAGACCCCCCUCUUCACCGCCCCUUCUCCCUCACCCGCCCGUCUCACACAGCACCACCAAAUGAGCGGGUGAUCGGCGGCGUGUGGUGCCGGGAGCCGGUGAGUGCCGCCCGCCGCCCCCCUCCUCCCCUCCCCCGGCCUGGCUGCUGCUGUGUGUAAGAUGGCCGCCGUGCAGGAGGAGGCGGCGGCCACCGCUGAGGAGAGCUGAGCGCACGGCGAGAGCAGAUAUCCAUCAUGAACCUAACUGGAUAGGACUAUGCUAGAAGCUCUGCAUCAAUUGCUCAAGAGACUGAAGAUCUAAAAGCCAUUUUGGAACUACAAAGAGGACAUUACUGACUGGUGAUCGCUGCGCUGCCUUUUUAGUUUUUGCCUCAUUUCAUAAGGAUUUUUUUCAGAACAAUAUGGCAAGUAAACGGAAAACAAAAACUCCUUGCAUGGUGCUUGCAAGAGAGUCUGACCCUGAAGCAGAAUUGAACUCUGAUGUUGAGGAAGCACCCCCACUCCUAGCACCUGCAGAGAACCCCGCACCGGAGAACGCCGGGCCUGAGAGCCCAUCAAGCGAAGACGGCAAUGCACUAGAAAAUAGCGAUUCAGACAAUCAAAUUAAAACUGUAGAAGGUGGUUACGAAUGUAAAUAUUGCUCAUUUCAAACGCCAGACUUAAAUCUGUUUACCUUCCAUGUGGAUUCCGAGCACCCCAAUGUUGUAUUAAAUUCUUCUUAUUUUUGUGUGGAGUGUAACUUUCUAACUAAACGCUAUGACUCCCUGAACGAGCACAACGUGAAAUAUCAUCCUGGAGAAGACAACUUUAAGUUAACGAUGGUUAAACGCAACAACCAGUCGAUUUUCGAACAAACUGUUAAUGAUCUGACUUUUGAUGGGAGCUUUGUCCAAGCAGAGAAUCAGGAACAGUCCGAGUCAAACUCCUCUGGGAUUUCAAUCAGUAAGACCCCAAUUAUGAAGAUAAUGAAGGAGAAAAAGCGAAUAAGUGUGUCACAAAAUGCAACAGAAGAUGGAGCGGAGGAAAAAGACUUGAAAGUAGAGAGCGAGCCGAAUGUAAAACCCCAAGAAGAACGAGAACCCAAGCCGGUGGCUCAGAUAGUUCCUGAACCUGUGAAAACGAGUAUCACGGUUGUAACUUGCACCCAGGACUUGCAUAGUACUAUUACACCUGCUACUGUCCUUCAGUCGGGACUGGCACAAGUUAUUUCAACUGUACAGGCACAGCAAAAUUGCAACAUCCUAUCGAAAGUUUUAAUACCCAUCAAUAGCAUUCCUACGUACAAUGCGGCGUUGGAUGCAAAUCCUCUGUUGCUAGGCAACUACAACAAGUUUCCUUACCCAACUGUUUCAGAGAUCACCCUCCUUGCUGCGCAAACUAAAUGCACAGAGGAACAAAUAAAAAUCUGGUUCUCUGCCCAACGACUAAAACAUGGUGUUAGCUGGACGCCAGAGGAAGUAGAGGAUGCCCGAAAGAAACAAUUUAAUGGCACUGUCCACACUGUCCCUCAGACAAUAACUGUUUUUCCUGCUCACAUUUCUUCAGCUGCCAACGGUUUGCCUUCCAUCCUACAGGCGUGCCAAAUAGUUGGUCAGCCUAGCCUUUUAUUCACGCAAGUUGCUGGAACGAACACCAUACCUGUGAGUACACCAAUAGCGUUGACCGUUGCUGGCAUCCCAGGUAAUGCACACAUCCAGAUGAGCCAAAUUCCACAAACCCAAACCCUGUCCGAAACCAAGAGAGUGGCUGCCGUUCCGAGCCCACAGGUCCCCAAGCAGGAGUCUACCAUGAUAGGCGAUGCUCUUGGUAUACGUUCAAAGAAAACGAAGGAUCAGUUGAACGCUUUGAAAAUAAGCUACCUGCGUAACCAGUUUCCACAUAAUAAUGAAAUCGAGCGACUGAUACGAAUAACUGGUCUGACUAAAGGAGAAAUCAAGAAAUGGUUUAGUGACACGCGAUAUAACCAAAGAAAUUCCAAGGGAAGUCACGGAAUCCAUUUCACCAGUGACUCUAGUGGAACUAUAAUUAUUGAUUCUAGUGACGAAACGACCGAAUCCCCAACCCCUGGUGUAAUAACGCCACAGCGAAAGCAGAGUUGGAAUCCUUUUCCAGAUUUUACCCCACAGAAAUUCAAAGAAAAGACCGUGGAGCAAAUACAGGCUCUUGAAGAGAGCUUUCUUAAAAACACUAUACCAUCAGACGAGGAAUUAAACAAGUUAAGGGUUCUUACCAAACUUACAAGGCGAGAAGUUGACGCUUGGUUUGCAGAAAAGAGACGGUCCACCGGAGUAAAGGAGGAACCUUUGGAUUUUAGUGAGGGCAACGUGGAACAAGGAAUAAAGGAGGAGUUGGAUGAAAAUUCAGAAAGUGCUCUAGUAAAAUCAGGAGCAGCUUUUGCUGGAAAAUUUGGGAAAAAAACUCCAGAGCAACUGCACGUGCUAAAAGGCGCAUUCGUCCGCACACAGUGGCCGACUCCUGCAGAGUAUGACAAGUUGGCAGAGGAAACAGGUCUUGCUAGAAGUGAUAUUGUUGGCUGGUUUGGUGAUACCAGGUACGCUGCAAAAAACCAUCAUUUAAAGUGGUUCUACCAAUACCAAGUAAGCAGCUCCAGCCCAAAUGUUAAUGGGCAGAGCUUUUCCCGAAAGAGGGGGAGAGGGAGGCCCAGGGGUAGGGGACGAGGAAGACCGAGAGGGAGGCCAAAAGGGCAGCGAAGAACAAAUAGCUGGGAGAGGGCACCAGCGCCAAUAAAAUAUAAGACCGGGAAAGCGUUACUGAAAGAAUACUACUUAAUGCACAAGUUUCUCAAUGAGGAGGAUCUGGAUGAAUUAGUUACCAAAUCUCAGAUGGGGUAUGAGCAGGUGAGGGAAUGGUUUGCUGAGCGCCUUCAAAGAGAGGAUGCCGGUUUGGAUCCCUUUGAUGAAGAAGAGGAAGAUGAUGAUGAUCUAUUGGAUGACCAGGAUGAAGAGGAAGAAAUUGAGGAUUCGGAUAGUGAUACAUGGGAACCCCCAAAGCAUGUAAAACGGAGACUUUCAAAAAUGGAAGAUUGAGAUGAAGACAGUUGAGUUUUUCGGGGGGAAAAGGUGGCAGUGCCCAUUCUACUGUGAAACAAGUGGAGGUGCCCUGGAAAGACCACAUAACGGAGUGUCGGCAUGGGAAGAGAUCCCCAAUGGUGGAAUAAAAGAUCUGCAUGCUGUGCCAAAGAAGCCGCACUGCAGAUGGAGGACUUUGCUGUAAAUACGAUUACAAUGAUGUGGGCAGCACAUAACUUGUACAAUUCAGAUUUUAAUACAUUUUUACUGACUUUUAAGUAUUUGUUAGGUUUUUUUUUUUGUUUAGUUUUUUUGUUUGUGGAUCUUUAUUUGCGCGGGAGAGGGAGGGCUGAGAUAGCAGAAAACACAGUGACCACUAGUUUUAUUUCUCGUACGUUUGUUACAUUUCCGUCUAGCAUUACUCUGUCUUUGUAAGAUUAAAUUUAGACUGCGCCUUGUCCUUUAAGACGCAAUAAGCUUUUAGCUUGGAGCGACCAAACUUUUUGCAUAAUGAGCUGCACCGCAUUGAUAGUGUCCAUUGAUUCUUCUGUGACUUGUUUGUGCGGUUAAGUUACUUUAACAACUUGCGUUUCCCUUUAUAAAUAUCAUAUGGUCCUCUCUACUGUGUUCACAAUCACCCAAGUGGUUCAGAUGCGCUUAACAAAUCAUUUUUUAACUUUUUUUUUUUUUCAGUUCUUCCGGUGGAAAAUAAUUUCUCUUAUUUUCCUGCGUGUUUAAUUGCGGUCUGUGGGUUCGCCUGGGUUUAAUUGUUUGCAGACAGUAUCAUUUAAAAAAAUAAAAAAAUAAAAAUAAAAUAUAUAUAUAUAUAUAUAUAUAUAUAUAUUUUUUUUUUUUUAUUUUCCUUUGUGAUUUUAUCUGAAACUGCUCUGCAAUUCCCUGUGGCAAAAAGAGAGGUUGCAUCAGCCAAUAAGGGUGUUUCUAACACGGGUGUGUAUUCCGCUUUCAUGGUGUCUUGUACGGUUAAAACCUAAAAGGUGUUUUUGCACAACCCCUUAGACAAAUUGCUAGAGUUUGUUUUGUUGUUUUUGUUCGUUUCCUUUGUGGCUCAAAAAAGUUACAGAACCUGCACCCCUAGGUGUUUUGGGUGGUUUUCUGCAAUGUUAAAGAACACUAGAUAGAAUUCAGUUGUGUAUCUUGAUUUUUGCACCAUUAUGAGUUGGGUCUACUCCUGAUAAACCUUGGCGUCUCUCUUCCUCUCAGCGGCGAUGCGGUUGGACGGGAAACCGGUUUCUCUGUACAUUGGUUUGUGAUAAGUCACCGUCAAUUUGGCUCCUCUAAACAUAUAAUAGGUCAUUGUUACAAAUGAAAGCUUUAGUCCAGUUUAAGAAAUAUUUUAUGUUCUCUGCGAGAAAAUAUUUCCAAGAUUGUGGCUAUUAGGGACUGUCUUAGUGCCUUCUCUAAAAUGAAUAUUUUAGCAGAAAGCCAUGAAACUUAUAAUGAAGAUCUACAUUGCCGGGUCUGCCUGCGCUUGGUAGCGAACCACUGAUCUACAUUAUGUGCUCAUUGGCUUCUACACGCACGGUGCCAUGUUAUUUAUUGUUUUAUUUGAAUUAUUUUUUUUAUUUUUACCCCUGUUCUUUCCACUAGUGAUAUUACAUUACGGCGUAGAAGAGUACUACAGCUCGGGCGAGCAAAUAUCAGUGGUACCUUUUCCUGCUUUCGUACUACGACCAUAUAAUACCUAAACGAUUUCCGCUGUUAUAGAGCCUUUAAUGAAUGUUAAUUAGCAAUUUAGCAUGCCGGUGUUACAUAAAGAGAUCUAGUGCUGAUUUGCAGAGGAAAAAUGGUUUCUUUAUUUUAAAAUCAUGCAACUGUAUCGCAAAACUGUAUUUAAUUGGAAACCCGUGUAGUGACGUCUUCUCUUCUUUCCUUUUUUUUUUUUUUUUUUAUUAUUGUUUUCCCACAAUUUCAAAGCCAUUUCAUUGUGUUUUUCACAAUUUUCUUCAGAGAAGAAAUAAACAAAUAUACUUUGUUUAAUG